AUGGCUGAUUUGAAGAAAGAAAAGGAUCUCGAGGGAUUGUCUCCGACCCCCUCGCAUUCUCACGAUGUCCAGCGUAGUGAUAGUCAUGCACAUGAUGAUGUGUUUGGAGAGAUCACCGAACAUGGGCCCAAUUACCGUGAUGUAGGAUGGACUGGAACUGUGGUUCUCAUGAUGAAGAGCCAGAUUGGCCUCGGCGUUCUCUCGAUUCCUGCCGCUUUUGAUACAUUGGGUCUUGUCCCAGGUAUCAUCUGUCUACUCGUUAUUGCCGUUAUUACAACAUGGUCUGAUUAUAUGGUGGGUGUGUUCAAGCUCAAUCAUCGCUCGGUGUACGGUAUCGACGAUGCGGGUCAAUUGAUGUUUGGCGCAAUCGGCCGUGAGGUAUUCGGCUCUGUGUUCUGCUUGUAUUGGAUCUUCGUCGCCGGCUCAGGAAUGCUCGGUCUUUCCAUCGCUCUGAAUUCGGUCUCGAGCCAUGCCACAUGCACGGCUGUUUACGUUGCCAUUGCUGCCAUCGCAGGCAUCGCGUUCGCUAGUAUUCGCACCCUCGGACGAAUCAGUUGGCUCGCAUGGAUAGGUCUGGUUUGCAUCCUGUCCGCAAUCUUCAUUGUCACCAUCGCCGUGGGCGUUCAGGAUCGCCCAGCUGCCGCCCCCCAAGAUGGAAUCUGGGUUUCGGACUACAAAAUUGUGGCCAACCCGUCGUUUAGUGAAGCUAUCUCGGCCGUUGCUUCGCUGGUCUUUGCCUACGCGGGGACUCCGGCGUUCUUCUCAAUCGUUUCGGAAAUGCGCGACCCUCGCUACUACACUCGGUCAUUGGUUAUCUGCCAGUCUACCGUGACUGCUGUCUAUGUUACCAUCGGUGUUGUGGUGUACUAUUACUGCGGCUCAUACGUUGCCUCGCCUGCUCUUGGCUCUGCCGGCCCGACUAUGAAAAAGAUCAGUUAUGGCUUUGCCAUUCCCGGUCUAUUGGUUACUGUGAUGCUAUUCAUCCACCUACCCGCCAAAUUCAUCUUCAUUCGCGCCCUCCGAGGCUCCGAACACCUCACCUCAAAUUCCAUGGUGCACUGGGGCUCCUGGAUCGGCUGCACACUCGGCGUCGGCCUGAUCUCCUACGUCAUCGCCAGCGCCAUCCCCGUCUUCGACAGCCUCGUCUCGCUUAUCGGUGCUUUGCUCGGUACAUUCAUGUGCUUCCAGCCCAUGGGCUGCAUGUGGCUGUACGAUAACUGGCACAAAGGCAAGGCCGAGCGAACCCCCAGGUGGAUUGCCAUGGUUUGCUGGAGUUCGUUUGUCAUUUUGAGCGGUACCUUCAUGAUGAUUGCUGGUACUUACGGGUCUGUGGUCAGCAUUAUCGAUAGCUAUAAUGCUACCGGUGGCUCGAGUGCUUGGUCUUGUGCGGAUAACUCGAAUUCCUCAUAG